AUGGCUGAAGAUGAUCCUACCACUUGUAUUAAGGCAGCUAUUGAGAUAAAGCUACGUGGCUUGACUACAAUUAAUGCUCAUGAAGACCAGCCUCGCAUAUUUAAAGUGCAUAAGCAAUUACUUAAGGUAAAUGAGAAUGCUUACAAACCCAUGUUACUUGCCAUCGGUCCUUACAACGACCAUCAAAUGGUUGGCCAAGGGCUUAUGGAAGAGCAUAAACUGCGACAUCUGAAGCAAAUGCUUGAUAGGAGAAUUGAACUCAGUCUGGAAGAUUACAUCAAUGCCUUAAGAGCUUUGGAAGUAAGAGCCCGAAAUUGCUAUGCCGAACGCAUUCCCCUUGAACCAAAUCAGUUUGUAGAAAUGAUGCUGCUUGAUGGGUGUUUCAUCAUUGAGCUUUUCCGAAUGUAUAAAAUGUGGAAUCUAAGGGAUGAGUAUAAUCCAAUCUUCCAAAUGAGCUGGAUGCUUCCUGAAAUAGCUCGUGAUCUAAUGUUAUUUGAAAAUCAACUUCCAUACUUUGUUCUUACUAAAUUGUUUGAGAUGAGUGAGAACCCAUCUAGACAUUCGGGAGAACACAUCGUCGCUAUUGAGCAAAGUGGUGACUUUGGUGAUCAUGCCAUUUGUUUUUUCUCUUAUUUGUUACCAUUUCAAGGAUGGGAAGUCAAGAGAUCAGGUUUUCAUUCAGCCAUAAAGCCACUUAAACUUUUUUGGACGCAUAAAGCUAUCACUCCUCGACUCGCAAAUAUGGUACAUGAUCGUCUAGUGGUUGAAAAAAAAUUCAUGAAUGCAGAAUUUGAGCAUCUACUUGAUCUGAUACAUACAAUGAUCAGGGUUUCAAUACUUGAUAUGGAACUACAUCGUGCCACAAAACUUCAAGAGGUUGUAGUCAUAUUCAAGAUGGGAGAGAUAUUUAAGCAUUUAUUUGGCUUGAUAUAUAGAGUUGUAAGUCCUUUACAUGUAACAAUGGAAGAUGGUCAAGAGAGCAAUGAGGACUGGGACACAAUACCCUGGGGAACGGAGCUUCGCCAAGCUGAAGUCCAAUGGAAGAUGGCACAGACAUUUAAAGAUAAAUAUAUAGAGAGUAUUCUUUGGGAGUUUAUACCUGAUGGCGCGGCAUUUCACGAGGCCGGAGUUGAAUUUGAGAAGGCAGAGAAAGUUGUGGGUGUACUUGCUCCAAAUAGGAAUGAAUAUGGCAAAUCAAAGCUUUGUGGAGCCUUAUUAAUCAAGGUGGUAGAGAAAUUUAUGUGCCUUCCUUGUCUGAACAAGAUUGAAAACUGGGACUCAAUUCCUCACGGCAAAGAGUUUAAAGAUGCUGGAAUCGAAUUCAAGAAGGCAAAGAAAUUUAGGGAUAUAAAAAAUAUGAUAAACUCGCCAAAGCCUAAUGCGACAGAGCUUAAAGAGGCUGGAGUCAAAUUCAAGAAGGGAAAGAAAAAUAACAUGUUUGCCAUAAAGUUUAGCAAUGGGGUACUAGAAAUUUCGCCUUUGACUAUAGAAGAUGAAACCGAGACUUUCAUGCGAAAUCUAAUUGCAUAUGAGCAAUAUAGACCAUAUAGUGAUUCGAAGUACGUCUCCGACUAUAUACUCAUGUUGGAUGAUCUCAUUGACUCUCCAAAGGAUGUUGAAUUACUUCGUCGAAAAGGAAUUAUUGAAAAUUAUUUGGGUAAUGAUGAAUGUGCUUCCAACAUGGUUAACAAGCUUGGUCGCCAUGUCACCUUGUCAUCCCGCAACUCCAUUUAUGAUAAAACUUCCAUUGAAAUGAACAAGCAUUGCGAGUUUGUCUGGAAUGAAUGGAAGGCAAAAUUAAGGCACGAUUAUUUCAAUAGUCCUUGGGCUUUGCUUUCAGUUGUGGCAGCUAUCUCAUUGCUUGGACUUGCAAUUACACAGACUGUAUUUUCUAUUAUUCAUUAGGUUUUCAUGUAGUACUAUCUUUCAUGUAGUACUGUCUUAAUCUUAUUGUUCUCUUAGU